ACCCAGUUGCGUGUUAUCGGAGUGGGUUUAGGACGGACGGGGACGAGAUCCAUGAAGGAUGCCCUAGAGAUUCUCGGAUUUGGACCAUGUCAUCAUAUGGCUUCCCUAUUCGCCGAUUCUAAUGGAAGACAUAUAGAUACCUUCCUGCAGGCUCGGACAGGGAAGCGAGUCCACUGGAGGCGGCAAAUGGCGGGUUUCGGCUCCACCGUAGACCAUCCAACCACUGACUUCGCCCUCGAGCUCAUCGACACUUUCCCCGACGCCCUCGUCAUCCUCACUGUACGGGACAGCGCAGAUGUCUGGUGGAAAUCGGUGCAGGAUACUAUCUAUUGGGGUCCCCGCUGGCAAACGCGCAUGGCGUGCUGGUCCCUCCCUCCCACCUGGAAGAUGGCGAGGCUCAGCAGAGAUAUUGGUAACUGGUACCGCAGGAACUAUGGAUCUCUAGGUCCGGAAUGCUACACCAAGCACAAUGCCCGAAUGGUCGAACUUAUCCCGAGAGAGAAAUUGCUCGUCUAUAACGUUAAGGAAGGCUGGGAACCGCUCUGCGCAUUUCUAGGCGUUCCGGUGCCUACAGUCCCUUUCCCGAGGAAGAACGACACCGCCGAGAUGAAGAGGCUUCUUAGGGUUGGAACAAUGUUGGGUGUUAUUUUCUGGAUUGCAGAGCUAGGGUUGGUUGGGUGGGUCAUUCACCAGGUGAUAAAGAGGCGGCUGUGGGACCUAUUUAAUUUGCGCACGGCGCUCAGCUUGUAGCACGUGCAUCUGGAUCAAGUCAACAUGGUGUGUAACACUAGUGAAAC